CUUUGAGCUCUCUAUACCCUUUGCCAGUUCUCUUCUCAGACAUUCAAGAAACAGAGAGACAGCAACAUGGACUUCCUUUGGGUUGUUACAGUCACUAUUUGUUUUAUGCCAGUUUUUCAUCUAGCAGAAUCUUCCACUGCUCAUUAUGACAAGAUUUUGACCCACAGUCGAAUCAGGGCACGUGAUCAAGGGCCAAAUGUCUGUGCUCUCCAGCAAGUUAUGGGAACCAAUAAGAAAUAUUUCAGCACAUGCAGGAACUGGUACCAGGGAACCAUCUGUGGAAAGAGAGCAACUGUUUUAUAUGAAUGCUGCCCUGGCUACAUGAAGAUGGAAGGAGAACGAGGAUGUCCUGCAGUGGCUCCAAUAGAUCACAUAUUUGGCACUUUGGGCAUUAUAGGAGCUACCUCCACUCAACGUUAUUCUGAGAUGUCGAAACUGAAAGAAGAAAUUGAAGGACCUGGCUCUUACACAUUCUUUGCACCAAGCAAUGAAGCUUGGAAUCUUUUAGAUCGUGAAAUCUACAAUGGUCUGAUUGAGAAUGUAAACAUCGAACUGUAUAAUGCUCUCCACAAUCAUAUGGUAAACAGACGGAUGUUGACAAAGGACCUUCGGAAUAGCAUGACUCUGGUGUCUAUGUACAACAAUCAAAAACUGCAUAUAAAUCACUAUCCCAAUGGGGUUGUGACUGUUAAUUGUGCCAGAAUCACCCAUGGCAAUCAAAUUGCUACAAAUGGUGUUGUUCAUGUAAUUGAUCGUGUGCUAACUCCAGUUGGCAAUACCAUUCAAGACUUCAUUGAAUCUGAAGAUGAUCUUUCAUCUCUCAGAGCUGCUGCCUUUACAUCUGAUGUAAUGGAAACUUUAGGGAAGCCCGGGCAUUAUACACUUUUUGCACCUACUAAUGAAGCUUUUGAGAAACUUCCACGUGGAAUCUUGGAAAGAAUAAUGAGAGACAAGGUGGCUUCUGAAGCUCUGAUAAAGUUCCACAUUUUAAAUACUCUUCAGUGUUCUGAAGCCAUCAUGGGUGGUGCAGUCUUUGAGACCUUGGAAGGGAAUACAAUUGAAAUUGGCUGUGAUGGUGAAAGCUUGUCAAUCAAUGGAGUCAAAAUGGUGAACCGAAAAGAUAUUGUGACAAGUAAUGGUGUCAUUCAUCUCAUAGAUCAAGUGCUUAUUCCUGAUUCUGCUAAACAAGUUAUGGAACUUGCUGGCCCCCACCAAGCUACCUUCAAGGACUUGGUAGCUCAGCUUGGCUUGGCUGCAUCUCUACGACCAGAAGAAGAAUAUACCCUGCUAGCUCCAUUGAAUAGGGCUUUUUCUGAUGAUACUUUAAAUAUGGAUCAGAGAAUCCUUAAACUGAUGCUGCAGAAUCACAUUUUGAAAGUGAAAGUUGGCUUGAAUGAUCUCUACAAUGGACAAUUCUUGGAAACACUAGGAGGAAAGAAACUAAGAGUAUUUAUAUAUCGAACAGCUGUGUGUAUUGAAAAUUCAUGCAUGAUUCGAGGAAGCAAAGAGGGAAGAAAUGGAUUUAUCCAUAUUUUUAGGCAAAUAAUCAAACCAGCAGAAAGAACUCUGCAUGAAGUAUUGAGAUCUGACAAACGAUUCAGCACUUUCCUUAGUCUUCUGGAAGCUGCAGGCUUAGAAGAGGUUCUGUCCCAGCCUGGUGAUUGGACUUUCUUUAUUCCAACAAAUGAGGCUUUCAAAGGCUUGACUGAACAGGAGAAAGAAAUUCUGAUAAGAGACCAAAACGCUCUUAGGAACAUUUUGCUUUAUCAUUUGAUACAAGGAGUUUUCAUUGCAAGUGGAAUUGAACCUGGUGUGACUAGCAUUCUUAAAACUAUCCAAGGUGGCAAACUAUAUUUGAAAAUGAUAAAUGACACUCUGCUAGUAAAUGAACUGAAAUCAACAGAAUCUGAUCUCAUGGCAACUAAUGGUGUGAUUCAUGUCAUAGACAAGCUUCUAUAUCCUGCAGAUAUGCCAGUUGGAAAUGAUCAGCUCCUUGCAAUUCUCAGAAAAUUGAUUAAGUACAUUCAGAUCAAGUUUAUCCAUGGUAGCACGUUUAAAGAAAUUCCACUAACAUUUUACAAUAUUAAAACGAUUACAAGGGUAGUUGGUGGUCCCACAAUUCGAAAGGAGAUUGAAGUGCCAUCUAUUACAAAGUUCACCAAAGUGAUUGAAGGGGAGCCAGAAUUUAAGCUGGUCAGGGAAGGAGAGACAAUAACUAAAGUGAUUCAUGGAGAGCCUAUAAUUAAAAAAUACACAAAAAUAAUUGAUGGGCAUCCUGUGGAAGUGACUGAAAGAGAGGUGACUGAAGAAAGAAUUAUUCAAGGCCCUGAACUGAAAUAUACUCGAAUCACUGCUGGUGGAGGAACAGAUAAUGAAGAGACUCUUAAGAAAUUGCUAGAGGAAGAGGUUACCAAGGUGACUAAACUCAUUGAAGGUGAUGGUCAUUUACUGGAUGAUGAAGAAAUCAAACAACUCCUCCAGGGAGCUGGAUCUGAGUAUACUAAAGUUACUAAAAGAGUUGAAGGACAGCCACAGAUUAUUGAAACAGAAAUAAAGAAAAUUCAUCUGGAAGACAUCCCAGUAAGAAAAGUACAGUCAUCUAGAAAGGCACAAGGAUCACUACGGAGAAGAACAAGACUUGUUCAUCCUGGCACAAGAAGACAAAAUCCAUAGAAAGAGAACUGAAAAAGCUUUGAAAAAUUGAAACAAAUUUU